GAUUGGCCGGGGCGCCUGAAAAAUGCGAACCUAACAACGCAGCAUUGAUCGUCUGCGCUUGGGUUACCAAUGAGCUGGAUACCGCGCAAUUCAUCUAAAGCGCCGUUAGGAAGCCCAAGGCCACCAGUAUGACCGCUCUGUCGUGCCCCUCUCCACCCGAAAAGACAAAACACAAUGUCAGCCUCGAGCAGCUCGACAGACACUAACGGGAGCGCCCAUGAUGAUUCUACUGCUGAAGGGGCUAGCAGCUCCGGUCCGUCGCUCGAAAUCGACAGUGAAGAUACAGAAGGGCAGAGCGACGAGCGCGACUCCAACUUUGGUGAUUCUGCCUACGGUGACAACCAGUCUUCUUACACCAUGUCUGCGACGUCCUCCGUGUUCAAUUUUCGCUACGAGAACGGCAGACGGUAUCACGCAUAUGCCGAGGGACAGUAUCCUGUACCCAAUGAUGAGGUAGAAGCGGACCGAUUGGAUCUACAGCACCACGCAUUCAGGCUCACACUCGAUGGCAAACUUUAUCGAGCGCCAAUCCCAAAAGAUGUGCAAAAUGUGCUCGACGUGGGCUGUGGAACUGGCAUCUGGUCCAUUGAGUUCGCUGAUGAGCAUCCGUCCGCUCGCGUCCUUGGCACCGAUCUGAGCCCCAUCCAACCCGCUCAGGUGCCCCCAAAUUGUGAAUUCCUGAUCGAUGACUGCGAGCAAGACUGGAUCUUUCAUAAUCAAUUUGACUACAUUCAUACACGGGCCAUGGUCGCAGCCAUCAAGGACUGGGACCGUUUCUUCGCGCAGGCCUACGCCAACCUCAAGCCUGGAGGCUACCUCGAAUGCCAAGACCUUGCUUUUCCUAUACGGUGCAUGGAUCCUGACGUGACUGCGGAAAACUCUCCCCUCAUCCGCUGGUCAGAGUACUUUCUCGACGCCGCAAAGCAGAUUGGUCUCGAUGGUACCAGUCCAAGACACUUCACGCCGCAGAUUCGUAAUGCCGGCUUCAAGAGUAUCAACUAUAAGAAUUACAAGUGGCCUGUAGGGAAGUGGGCAAAGGGCGCGAGAUUCAAGCUUCUGGGUCGCUUCGUGUAUGAAGAUCUGAUGGAUUGGCUGCCAAGUAGUUCACUGGGGCUCUUCACGCGCGUGCUGAAGUGGUCAAGGGAGGAAGUGGAAGUCUUUCUAUCUGAGUGCAGAGCAGAGGCUAAGAGGAAAGACAGACAUUUCUAUGCUGAUGUUUUCUUCUACUAUGCCCGCAAGCCGGAAGGCGCAAACACUUCAAGUUUAGCAGAUGACGACGUAGAAUGGGAGGAGUCGAUAGACCGUGAUGAAGAAGACGAAGGCCACCAUGCGAGAGUACCAUCAAACACAACCUCUUCCACAUCGGUGCCGCUACCAACCACAAUCGACGCGACACAGGCUUCAGUCGACCAACUAGCCGCCAUUGCCACCAAGGAAGAUAAUCCUCCCAAAAACGACAUGGAUGCAACUGCACCAGCACAUUCACGACCUGAGCAUGAGAGUCCUUCAUUCAAAAUUAGCGACGGUCAGACUUGAUCAUGUCGCAUUCGAAUAUGUACAUGAUAUAUGAACUCAUACAGUAAAUGACACAUUUUCAACCAAGCUGCUAAAGACAACUCGAUGAAAUCACGAAUCCUAGGACC